UGCGGUGAUGGCUCUGCUCUACAGAUUCGCGCAACUGCCUGAUAGCAGUGGCACGCGGGUCUUCUCGUUCGUCGUCACCAGGAGUGUGGUACGGGACCCCGAAAGAGACGUAACCAGCAAGGAGCUCGUAUGCGGCUUCCAACGAUGGUCCGUCGCGUUUUCACGUGGCAACAAGGUGCUGGGAGCCUACCUGGUAUGGCGUGGUGCCUCGAGGAACCUGCGUGUCUACGUGGACUUCACGUUCACGCUACUGAACCGUGAGCAUUUCUCGAUGAACGAGGGUUUCUCCGGGAAACGGGUGAAGUUUACGUACGAGGCGCCCGCCCAGGGGAACCGUAACUACAUCCCCGUCUCGGACCUGUACGACCGAAACUUCGCGGACACGAACGGCGAGUUUCAGCUGGAACUGGCGAUGUCGAACGUGCGUACCGUCUACAUGACCGAGCUCAAGAUGCCGAGCAGCACAUUUCCAGCCGGUCAAUCGAAACCGAACAAACUAGAGACCGAUUAUUUCGCGUUCGGCGGUUUCGAUUGGAAUCUGGUCGUUUAUCCGCACGGGAACAAAGAGCCAGAAGGUUACCGUGGCCAUGACAGUUGCGUCAGCGUCUAUCUGAUGAGGCUGACAGGAUUCGAUCAUCGUUGCCGUGUCCGUUACAGCGUCGCUUUAGGCGAGGGCGAGCGUAGAAUCGAUUCCGGUCAGAUUGAGGAUCUGUCUGACGCCGAGGGAUGCGGAUUCGGUUGGCAUCCACGAGUCAGGUGGUCGGAGAUCGCACACAAAGGUGUUGUACGCGUGUCCUUGGAGAUGGUCGAGGCUAGAACGAUCUGCGAGGUCGCGGUCCAGGCGCACGGACCCGCCGCAUUACCAGCGACACCUUGCUACGACCGAGACAAACAGGCGUGGACUCUUCGGGCCGAUCUACACUCGGACACAGUCAGACUUCACUUGGUGUACAAGGACAUCCAUAACGUGCCGCGGAAUCACUUGAGGUACGUCAGUUGGUCAGCCUAUCUGCUUCGAGACGAGGAACCGAACACGGUCGCGAUCAAUCUACCGGGGGGCCCGUUCAGUCGUUACUACGCCCAGGAGUCCGUGGACGAGGGUAUCAUCAUGGAGACGAAUCUGGAUACAAACGAGGUGAAGGACAACCGAUCGUUGUUCCUCACCGACAAGGGACAGUUACGGAUCCGUCUCGAGUGGAACGAGAGCCAUCUGCUGUUCCAGGCGACCUAUCACAAGUACGAUGACGUCUGUCGUAUACACAAUCAGCAAAUGCGGCGUGAGAUCGCGUCGUUGCAGGCGGAGAACUAUAGUCUCGAAAGGCAGCUGUUCAGCUAUCAGAAGAGUCUUGCAUACGCGCAGGCGCAACAGCAACAACAGCAGCAACAACAGCAACAACAACAAAACCAGAAUCAACAACAUCACGGCGGGCAUCAGCCGCAUCUCGAGAGAUCAGCGUCCACCGACACCGAAUAUGCCUGACAA